CCCUGCAUGUCACUGAGUCCACCGUGCUUCACAGAAGAAGAUAGAUUUAGUCUGGAAGCUCUUCAAACAAUUCAUAAACAAAUGGAUGAUGACAAAGAUGGUGGAAUUGAAGUAGAUGAAAGUGAUGAAUUUAUCAGAGAAGAUAUGAAAUAUAAAGAUGCUUCUAAUAAACACAGCCAUCUGCACAGAGAAGAUAAGCAUAUAACUGUUGAAGAUUUAUGGAAACGAUGGAAAACAUCAGAAGGUCUCUGUGAUCCUGUUUUGGAGUCAAGGAUUCUCCAGUGCUGCUUUCAAAUGAGAUAUCAUGAAAACAUUCAUAAUUGGACCCUUGAGGACACACUUCAGUGGUUGAUAGAAUUUGUUGAACUACCCCAAUAUGAGAAGAAUUUUAGAGACAAUAAUGUCAAAGGAACAACGCUUCCUAGGAUUGCGGUACAUGAACCUUCGUUUAUGAUCUCUCAGUUGAGAAUCAACGACCGGAGUCACAGACAAAAACUUCAGCUCAAGGCACUGGAUGUGGUUUUGUUUGGACCUCUAACACGGCCUCCUCAUAACUGGAUGAAGGAUUUUAUCCUCACAGUUUCUAUAGUAAUUGGUGUUGGAGGGUGCUGGUUUGCUUACACGCAGAAUAAGACAUCGAAAGAACAUGUUGCAAAAAUGAUGAAAGACUUAGAGAGUCUGCAAACUGCAGAGCAAAGUCUAAUGGACUUACAAGAAAGGCUUGAAAAGGCACAGGAAGAAAACAGAAAUGUUGCCGUAGAAAAGCAAAAUCUAGAGCGCAAAAUGAUGGAUGAAAUCAAUUACGCAAAGGAAGAGGCUUGUCGGCUUCGAGAGCUAAGGGAGGGAGCUGCAUGUGAAUUGAGUAGACGCCAGUACGCGGAGCAGGAAUUGGAACAGGUUCGAAUGGCUCUAAAAAAGGCUGAAAAAGAAUUUGAACUCAGAAGCAGCUGGUCUGUUCCAGAUGCACUUCAAAAAUGGCUUCAGUUAACACAUGAAGUAGAAGUACAGUACUACAAUAUUAAAAGACAAAAUGCGGAAAUGCAAUUAGCUAUUGCUAAGGAUGAGGUUGCUGCUUCAUAUCUGAUUCAGGCAGAGAAAAUUAAAAAGAAGAGAAGCACAGUCUUUGGGACUCUGCAUGUGGCACAUAGCUCCUCUCUAGAUGAGGUAGAUCACAAAAUUCUGGAAGCAAAGAAAGCCCUCUCUGAGUUGACAACUUGUUUACGAGAACGACUUUUUCGCUGGCAACAGAUUGAGAAGAUCUGUGGCUUUCAGAUAGCCCAUAACUCAGGACUCCCCAGCCUGACCUCUUCCCUUUAUUCUGAUCACAGCUGGGUAGUGAUGCCCAGAGUCUCCAUUCCACCCUAUCCGAUUGCUGGAGGAGUUGAUGACUUAGAUGAAGAUACACCUCCAAUAGUGUCACAGUUUCCCGGGACCAUGGCUAAACCUGCUGGGUCAUUAGCCAGAAGCAGUAGCUUGUGUCGCUCUCGUCGCAGCGUUGUGCCGUCCUCGCCGCAGUCUCAGCGUGCUCAGCUUCCUCCACAUGCUCCUCACCCGUCACACCCUCGGCAUCCCCACCAUCCCCAGCACACACAGCACUCGCUGCCUUCCCCUGAUCCAGAUAUCCUUUCAGUGUCAAGUUGCCCUGCUCUUUAUCGAAAUGAAGAGGAGGAGGAGGCCAUUUACUUCUCUGCUGAAAAGCAAUGGGAAGUGGCAGACACAGCUUCAGAAUGUGACUCCUUAAAUUCUUCCAUUGGAAGGAAACAGUCUCCUCCUUCAAGCCUUGAGAUAUACCAAACAUUGUCCCCUCGAAAGAUAUCAAGAGAUGAACUGUCUCUAGAAGAUUCAUCCAGGGGAGAUUCACCCAUAACUGUAGAUAUCUCUCGGGGUUCUCCUGAUUGUGUAGGUCUGACGGAAACUAAGAGUAUGAUCUUUAGUCCUGCAAGCAAAGUGUACAAUGGCAUCUUGGAGAAAUCCUGUAGCAUGAACCAGCUUUCUAGUGGGAUCCCGCUGCCUAAACCUCGCCACACAUCGUGUUCCUCAGCUGGCAACGACAGUAAACCAGUUCAGGAGGUCCCAAAUGUUCCCAGGAUAAGCAGCAUCCCACAUGACCUUUGUCAUAAUGGAGAGAAAAGCAAAAAGCCAUCAAAAAUUAAAAGCCUUUUUAAGAAGAAAUCUAAGUGAACUGGCUGACUUGGUGAAAUUCCAUUUGAGUGGCAUCUUUAAACUUUUAUCUCCCACCCUCCACUCCCCCUUUUUGUUUUAAUUUUAGGAAUGUAACUCUAUUGGGGCUUUCCAGACUGGAUGCCAUAGUGGAAUGUCCUUAAGGGCAACUGUCUACUGUCUGCUUAUUUAAAUGACUAUAUAAUCAAUUUGUCAAGCCAGUUAUUACUGAAAAAUCAUUGAGAUGAGACAGUUUACAGUCAUUUCUGCCUAUUUAUUUCUGCUUUGUUAUUAGUGAUGUAUAUACAACGUUUUGUUGAAAGCCACUAUGGACUUACAAGCUUUAAUGGACUAGUAAGCCAGCAUGGGCUUGCAAAAAUUUCUUGUUUACCGGAGCAUCUUCUUAUCUUUCCACAGCUAUUUACGUCCUGGACUGAAUAACUUAAAAGAAGUAAAACUAAUUGCACUACUGUUUUCCAGACUGGAAAAAAAAGUCUCUGCAAGUGAAAGAAACUGUCUAGGGUUUAUAAAAUGACUACGGAUAGGGGACUGUUUUCACUUUUAGAUCAAAAUGGGUUUUUAAGUAGAACCUAGGGUUUCUAAUUGACUUGAUUUCUGGAAAUGAAAACCCACGCUUUUAUAUGGGAAGCUUCUUUAAAUGCAUUUAAUAUUAUAAAGUUUCAAGUCCUGCUGUAAAGAUCAUGUUGUUUUGUUUUUCCCAGGGCUUUCACUGUGAUUUACUGCAUUGCAGGCUGUAUGAUAAAAUAUAAAUAAUUUGAAGAGAAAAGGCUCUUGAUUCCUUAUGCAAGUGGAAGAGUUAAAACUUGGUUGAAGGACUUAAAACAUUCACAAGCUUAAACUGAGGUGGGGGGCUGUGGGGAUCCAGGCACUUGUUUACAGACUGAAUAACUGCAAAGGAUUUAUGGUUUGUGAAGAAUUUGUACUGUGGAAAAGAUAAUAAAUCAGAGACAUUAUUGUG